AAUUCCUUUUGUCUGCCCACAGGCUCAGUUGCCUAAUAACAAAGGUCUUUGCCUUUAAAAAGUCAGCUGUACAGGCAGGCGUUCAGUUGAUUCUGCAGAAGGGAGAUGAUAAGCCACAGAGCCUUUGCGUUUCUCUUACUAUUAGGUGUACACAUGCUGAAAAGUGUUCAAGGUACAACACCUUCUCCAUCUUGUAUCCCGGGGCAGGAAUGCUUACCAACAGGUUCAUCAUUCACUUCAUUCUCAGCAAUAAAACCUCGGGCGGAAGAAGUUAGAAUAGAAAAAUGUGGGCCUGAAAUGGAAAAGUACUGCUUUAAUGGUGAUUGCAUGUUUUUUCCUGACAUUAGAGAACAUCACUGCAAGUGUGAUGCUGGCUUCACAGGCAUAAGGUGUAUUCAUUCUGAAUUGGUUUUCAUGCCCAUGAGUAAAGAACAUUUGAUCCUAACUGUGACCUGUACCCUCUUGUUACUUCUGGCUUUUGCAGUUGCCAUCUACCUAACUUACAAAUGGUGCAAAAAGAAUAAGUGUCCUCCACAGCAGAAAAAGUAUCAAGAAGUCCAGCUUGCUUGAGAAAAUAUUAAACUUACAUACAGCAAGAAUGAAUGCAAAGUAUCUUCUUUAGACAUAAAAUAACUGACUCCAGUGGAGAUUCAUGAACUUAUUCCACAACAUUUGGACUUGGACUGCCAUUCCUUUACAUCUAUUCUUUGUUAAUAAAUAUGCAGUUAAUUGUUAUAUAUAAUUCUAUAUUGCCAAUUACAGAUAAUGUUUAUUAGUUCUCUAUGGCAUUGCAUUUUAAAAUUAAAUUACAGCCACUUAUUUAAAUACAAAGAAACAUUUGACAUGUCCUCCACAAAUCUGAAUGCUGCAAGUGAUUACAGAAAUAUAGUUGUAUUUUCCUAGCUUUGGAUCCUUUAGUCCUCAAUAGCCUAACUUCUAAAACCUGCUCAGUUAUUAUAAAAGCAGACAUAAAUCACUGAGUUAUUAUAAAAAUAGACAUUCCCUAUAUGUGUAUGUUAUUGUUAAUGAUUCUAAGAUUGCAUUCACUCUGAGCCACAAACAUUUUUUGCUUAUCUGUAACUGCCCAUCUUAUUUGCAGAUGUUUAUGAAUAUAUUUAUGUAAAAUUACCUGCUUUUAACUGAUGUUUAUUUAUGUUACAAAAGUAAAUACAGAUUACACCAAUACUUUGUAAACAGUAUCAUUCCUUAUUACUUGGUAAAAAUGUAAAAACUUUUUAAGGUAAAUUUAUUAAACUACUGGACAGAAGCAAAUUCUGCUGCUUAUCCAACAAAGGUAUUAAUGUAACACAUCGCUAUUUAUGUGCAAACAAUAUAGUAUUUGUAUAAUAUUUAAA